CGAACUUGUUUCAGUCGUGCUUAUGACACCAAUAUGGGAGUUUUACGUCGUAUGAUAGAGCGUAUUUUCUAAUAACAAUUGAAAUAAAAUACAAUAUUUCUUUGAAGUUAAAAGAAAAUAUCAAUUAUCUUUUAUAUCAAAAGAAAUCUUGUUAAUAAGCCGCGAUGGAAGAUUUUAUACCAACGAAAGUUUCGAAAAUAAAAAAAGAUGCAGUUAAAGAUUUUUUCUCGACUACUUACAUGGUUCCAAAGAAAGCAUUGAAGUCGUCGAAUGAUAUCGAUAAAAAAGAUGAAGUAGACGUAGAGACUGAUAAUAGGGAUGAGUUUUGUAAUACAAAAGCUAAUUCACAGCUAGAUCGCAGGAAGCAACAAGAAUUGGAAAUGAAAAGGGCUAGGUACGAUGUCAUCAAGUUUGGUAUAUCCGGUUUUAAAAGUUCGAAGGCUAAAGAAGCAAAAGUAGAACUAGCAAUAAGAUUAGGUGCAAAACCCCCAAAAAAUCAAAGUUUAAAUUAUAAAGUUUUGAAGCAUAAAAGGAAAAAAGAAGCUAUGGCAGCAAAACGCAAAGAACCGAUAUCAGGAUUGAGUAAAAGUUUAGUGAAACAUAAAAAUAAGAAAAAACAAAAGAAAAAUUCAGGUAUUUUAGGAAUGUAUGGAAAAGUACACAAAGAUGCACUUGUUAAAAAUAAGAAGUAGAUUUAUAACCAUAAACAUUUAAAAUAUCUUUUGUUAACUCAUCGUUGUCAUUAUAACAUCAAUCAUCUAUGUCUAACAACGUCCUCUAUAUAUUGUAUAUUAUGUAAGAAGAAUAACGAGUAAUAAAAUAAUAUUUUUAUGUAUGUUCUUGGAUCAAUCCAAGCAAACUCGAGCAUCGAUAAAACAGUAUUUUUGUUUCUGUACGUACAUUAAAAAUAUAUUCUCACAUGUACAUUUUAAAUAUGCCACAGUGGAAUGAUAAGAUCUUUAAAAAAUCAUUUUCGAUGUUUUAUAUUGGAAUCAAUCGAAAGCAGCUGCGGUUGGCGCCACCUCUAGUAACAUUUGAAGAAAAGCAUUUACUCCUUCUGAAAUAACAAAUACCGAGAAAAUUUUAAUAUCAAUAGGAAUCGUACAAUUGGUUGGCCAGUAUGCGUAUGCAAAAAAUUAUUUUAUACAAAAAAGUGUACUUUGGAAAAAAAUUGUAUACCUUAUAGAUAUACGAAGAAAAAUAUAAUUAUACAGAAAAUCACGCACUCACCCAUAAAUUUCGGCACGUAUCCGUAUUUCACGAAGGGGAGAUAAACAAACAUGCCUGCGAAAAUAAAUCCGGUUGCAUAUAAGUACUCGAUUUGAGGCUUGUCGAUGAUGGGUGCCACUAUCAGGUACGCAGAGAUUACAAGUACAAGUGCGGGUAUGAUCAGGGGACAUUUGUAAGGUCUUGGAUGAUUUGGUCUGGUUCUUCGCAUUACCAACAAAGCUAACAUCGAUCCACCAUAGAAAAUCCAAGCGGUAAAGGAAAA